AUGCAUACAGGAGCACGUCUGGCCAUUGGUGCGCUCGGCAUCCAUGCCCAAGGGCGCAUUGUGGUCGAUUAUGGAGAAGAACAGGGGGCAGUGACCACUGACUGCACUUUGGGAUUCAUAACCCGUGUGACUCUCGUUAAUCUAACAUUCCCCUUAAACUAUGAUAUAAAUCAGUUCACCAGCUGCCUCAAUUCCACCAUUGUCAAAGACAACUUGGAUGCCCUCGUUAACCAGGUGCAGGAGCAGAACUACACAAAGAUUGUUCUCAGCAAGUUGCGAGAGGCUUACAAUGCCAGCGGCAUCAUCCCAGAAGAACAGGUUCAGAUCUUAGGAGCAAUGUCCCGUAGUGCCACUUUGGCAGACAUCAACAUGUGGAGUAUUAUUCAGAUCGACACACUCGCUUCUUUGAUGGAUGCUUCAAACGGGCCGUGGGACCCGGUUCUGGCCAAAGCCAUCAUCUCCAAGUAUCUGAGUGUAAAGGGGAACAGUCUCAGCAGUGUGGGGCUCAACGCCAUUGGAGGACCAAACCUGUGCACCCUGGAUGUUGUUGUUAUCAGGAACAUUUCGGUUGGAAGCAUCAAGACCGCCGAUGCCCUGGACAUAUCCAGCUGCACCACUGAGAAAAAGCAAGAACUGUUUGCCCUCGCAUAUGAAGCAUUUAUCCCAAUCACCCGCUCAAUCACUAUCUCCACUUCCAGUUACCAGCUCAUACAAUCUUACCUACUGGGUGCAGAUCUUAGGUUUAUCCAAGGUUUAGUGUCUACCAAUAUCAGUAUGGACCUCCCGACCUUCACUGGGCUGCUUGAGAGUGUUAUACAGAACCUGACUGUUAGUGAUGUUAAAGGUCUUCUUGGCACCAACCUCCCACUUUUGAAGUCGUAUGAAAAUGUGACAGUGGUGCGAACCUGGAUCAGUUCACAGUUUCAGUCUGAACUUAAUGGCCUGGGCGUGGGGCUUACAGGAGGCAAGGUUAGCCCCACCACCACUACAUUGGGCACAUCAUCAACAACAACAUCAGGGACAACUUCAACAACAACAUCGGGGACAACUUCAACAACAAAAUCAACAACUGGAUCCAACAGCACCACGGGCAAAGCUCCUCCAGUCCGAGACGCUGGCUUCUCUUUCUUCGCUCUUCUUGUACUCCUCAUCACUUCUCAGUAUGUUGUAAUGUAAAGACAACUUUUCUCAUGGAAAAUUAUUGGAAUAUGAAUUAUAAAAUGGUAGAUAACUGGAUAAAGGCUUGAAAUAAUUUUUUUGUUUUAAUUUAUCAUUAAUAGAAGGAAAUAAUGUUAAACAGAAGGGCAUUUGCUUCAAACGAACAAAAUAGUGCAGGUGCAAUAAGACAAAUUGUAAAUGAUGUAUUUUUGAUGACUAAAUCUUCCUGAAACCUUUUCAUAAACUAUUUCUAAGGUCAUAUUUUUGCCUUACUUGUUUUCUAUUUUUUUAUUGUUCCAUUUAAAUUAAGAUUGUUAAAAGGAUGAGGAUUCAACAGAAAAAUGACAGGUUCGGGUGACGGGUAGCAGUUUUCAUGAUAGCACUUUCUUUAUUUAGUCUUACUAUGAAAAUGUAUUUGAGAGAUUAAUAAUAAACACAUUUUAAACAGC